UGUGUGUGUGUGUGUGUGUGUGUGUGUGUGUGUGCGUGUGCGUGUGAGUGACAUCACUCAUCACGUGACUCGUGUGGCAUAUGAGGGAAGAUGGCGGCCAACGUGGUGUCGAUGUGUCAGUUCUGGAAGCGCUUUGACUUACAGCAGCUACAGAGAGAGCUGGACAGCACCGCCACACUUCUGGCCAGCAGACAGGAUGAGAGCGAGACGUCCAGAAAGAAACUAAUCGAGCAGAGCCGUGAAUUCAAGAAGAACACACCAGAGGAUCUGAGGAAGCUUGUGUCUCCACUGUUGAAGAGUUUUCAGUCUGAGAUUGAUUCAUUGAGUAAACGGAGUAAAGAAGCAGAGACUGCUUUUCUAAAUGUCUAUAAACGACUCAUCGAUGUGCCAGAUCCCGUGACAGUGUUGGAGUUGUCGCAGCAGCUGUUGUUGAAGCUUCAGAGAAUGAACGACAUCGACACAGAGAACCAGAAAUUGAGAGAAACACUGGAGGAAUAUAACAAGGAGUUUGCUGAAGUCAAGAACCAGGAGGUGACCAUUAAAACCCUUAAGGAGAAGAUCAGAGAAUAUGAGACGAGUGUGAAGAAUCAGGCGGAGAACUUGGCCCUGGAGAAACAACAACAGAUUCAUAAAGACUACACUGAGAAAGAGAGGAAGUUCCAGCAGUCACACGAGUCUUUGGUCAGUAAGCUGCAGGAAGCUGAACUCAAAGCUCAGACUCUACAGACAGCUCUUGAAAGAACUCAAACGGAGCUUUUUGAUUUGAAGACCAAAUAUGAUGAAGAGUCAACGGCAAAGGCUGAUGAGGUUGAAAUGGUGAUGACUGAUCUGGAAAGAGCCAAUCAGAGAUCAGAAGCUGCUGAGAGAGAAGUUGAAUCACUGAAGGAGCUGCUCAAAUCAACAAACAAAACUCACCUGACCGCACAGAUCAGCCAAACUCCAGUCACGGAUGCGUGUGUUGAUGUGGCAUCACGCUCGAGUCUGGAGGCCGAGCUCAGCGCAAAAGAGCGUGAGAUGCUUCAGCUGGUGGAAGAUGUUCAGAGACUGCAGGCCAACAUCUCAGUGCUGCGAGAGAACUCCAACAUCCAGAUCAGCCAAUUACAACAGCAGCUCAACAUCAAGACCACCACACUUACACAACUGGAAGAGAAGCUGCAGACACAGUCAGAUUAUGAGGAGAUGAAGAAAGAGCUCAGUAUUUUGAAGUCAAUGGAGUUCGGUCCGUCUGACAGCUGCACGCUGCAGGACUCGUCUAAACCUUUGGAGGUGUUACUGCUUGAGAAGAACCGCAGCCUGCAGUCGGAGAAUGCGUCUCUGCGCAUCGCUAACACUGAGCUGAGCAGUCGUUAUGCAUCUCUUCAGAUGGAGUUUUCUGCUGCAGUGAAGAUCAGCUCUGAUCAGAAAGAUCUGAUCAUCAAACUGGAACAAGAUCUGAGCAUCAUCCAGAGCAUGACACGACCUGACGCUGAGGGUGCAGACAGCAGUGUGCUGAUCGUCCCGGAGCCUGUUAAAGAAGCUACAGCUCUGUUCUCAGGUGCGAGCGGAUCUCCUCAGACAGAUCUUCCUCCAGGUCAGAUGGAUUCUCUGCUGUCAAUCAUCUCCAGUCAGAGAGAACGCUUCCGCUUGCGAAAUCAAGAGCUGGAGGCCGUGAACGGUUCACUGCAGCAGACACUACAGGCACUGCAGAGUGAAUUGGACAGUCUGCGUGCUGACAACAUCAAACUCUACGAGAAGAUAAAGUUCCUGCAGAGUUACCCGAACAGAGCUGGAGACAGUGAUGAUACAGUGAUGCGUUACUCAUCUCAGUAUGAGGAGAGACUCGAUCCGUUCGCCUCUUUCAGUAAACGGGAGCGUCACAGGAGGUAUCAGAGUCUCAGCCCAUGGGAUAAAGCCACACUCAGUCUGGGUCGUGUCAUCUUGUCUAAUAAGACGGCCAGAACUGUUGCCUUCUUCUACACACUGAUGCUGCACUGCCUCGUCUUUCUGGUGUUGUAUAAGGCCGCGUGGAGUGAGAGCAUCGGUCGGGAUUGUGCUGCGUUUUGUGCAAAGAAAUACUCGGAUCACCUACACCACUUCCAUGAGGACAGAGACAUCUGGCAGUGACACUUCUGCUCACUUUCAUCACAGUUUUAUUCAUUACGAUCAAAUCAUAGUCAAUCAUUCAUAUUCAUAUCGUUUAGUGUAUAUUUUCCAUUGAGAUAAUUAAAGGUCAGAUCUUUUUAUUGGUAAUGGGAUCAGUUUGUGCUGAUAUAAUGGCUAAAUGCAAUUUAAAGGUUCAAACAUGAUAGAUUAUGUAAUGAGAUGGUCUGCGGGUUACUGUUCAUUUCACUUGAAAACAUAUACAUAAAUCAUACAUAAACAUAUCAUUAUUGUAUAUUCAUUACUAAUCAGCAAACAUUAUUCAGACACUUUAAAAGAGAAUUAUUAAUGGAAAUGGUUUAUGUAAUCUUGUGUCAGAUGCUAGUAAUAAAAUGAUCUGUGGACAGUGUGUAGAAUGAGUUGAAUGUGUCUGUGAGAAGUACAGUUACACUCUUGAACUGAAAUAUGUCAUAAUUAAACACCAGAAGACUUUGUGAAUCUAUA